GAUUAGAUGGUGGGCUGUCGCGACAGGUUUAAAGUCACUGACAAUGGAAUUUUAAAUAUUGAAAACAGGGUGCCUCAUAGCUCUGCCAUCACUGAUUUAUUCAAUUAUGAGUUAGCUGGCUUCAUACACGGUAACUGGUAGACUUGCCCGAUUGAUCGGCGUAUUGCAAAGUGCCUUUACAGUAACCUCAAAAGAACAUAAAGGCUAAGCGAGACAAUCCCAAUCUUUCCAGAGUGAUCCCUCUGAAGCUAUUUUUAGAUCGCUCCCAUGUCUAAAAAUAACUUAUAACCAUGGGAAUCGUAAGGCCUGUUACGGGGGAUUAUCUCUCUUACUCUCUAUUCUCUCUUUGUAACCUAUCAUCGUGUUAGCUAAGUAACACAGUGAUAAGGAAUAAUAAUGAAUAAAAAGUCUAUUACAUCAAAAGGUAAACAGUGUUGGAAGACUGUUUGGAAUGUCAACUUAUAUCACUUGUACUGUAGUUUAUCUCCCUUAUUUUACACAAUGGGAAGGUUUUCUUUUUUCAGUUGUUGUUGUUGCUUUUUUUCAUUCUUUUUUUUUGUUAGUUUAUUCUUUUUUUACACGAUAGAAAGUUCCUAUUUCGCUGACAUGUCAGUAAAUAAUUCAGAAUAUAUUUCUUUGGUUUUGCACUGAUCCACAGCAAUCUUUAGGGUAAAGCAGUAAUUCAAUUAUCGUUUAGUCUCCAAGAACUAUCUAGCUCCUUGAUGGUAAAGUUUAAUGUGAAAAUUUUAACACCUCAUGUACACAAGACCACAGUGAGGGAACUUUGGAAUAUUCACUGCAGUCACUACCAAGUGUAACGGGGCUUCCUCGGGUGUGACGCAGCGUAUCGAAAAGGAUCUAGUAGGAGAAUGGAAAAUUCGAGUGGAUUAGGUUUUUGUGUGCGUUUCGCAUUUCCAAUGAAUUACCACUGGCACGCAUCGAUAUUUAGCGAGAAAAAUAAAGACUGCCUUGAAAAGGAGAAUUUGAGUAUUCUCAAAAAGAAAAAUUCCACCCCCGGUGGGACUCGAACCCACAACCUUUGAAUUAGAAGUCCAACACGCUAGUCCAUUGCGCCACGGGGGCUUCACGUAUUUCAGGAACACCAUUUUUUGUCUUUAUUUAUUUUGUUUACUUCUAAACACAACUAUUGUUUUCCCUUCUAUUCUUAAUUCCUGGCGGUUGUUGGUUGCUGAAACAUAAACAUGGCACUGAAUUUUAGGUACCUGUUAACAUGUGGUUCUACUGAAUCGCGAAACAGGUUUAAAACUGCAUCUUCUCCUGUGCGGUGAAAAGUUUGUACAACGUACUUUAUAUAUUUUGUGAGUCCUCAAGAAUGACUCCUGUAGUUAGCUAUAUGGUCAAUUUUUGGAUAUAUAAUUCAUGCAAAGAACUAUAACUAAUAAGCUAAUCAUAUCAAUUUGUGUCAGUUUGUUUCAACCAGUCUGCAUAAAUUAUAACCAAGACUUGCCUUUGCUUAUGUUUCAGAAAUCACAUCAGAAAUUAGACCCGAGAAAGCUUCAAAAUGAUAGUAUGCAUGUUAAAUUAGAAACCUGCCAAAGGUUUUAUAAUAAUUGACCAAGAAGAAAUGAUCUGGUUAAAUUAGGAAGAUUCCGACGGAUUACAAAGCCUAUAAAACUUGGAACUUUAGGCUUAAACUUUUAACUUGCGUUAUCCGCGCCGUAACGUAACUUCUUUCAACUAAGACGACAAAUUGUCAGCAACUUGUUAUACAGCAAUUCGUAUGCAUUUCCUCUUUAUCUCUUAGGCUUCUUCUUCUCAGCUUCUUUACACAUUUCUUUUUCGACUGAGAUGAUUCGUCCUAGAAACCAGUCUUUUUUUCCUAGCUUUAAAACGAAGACGUUGUUGCCAUGGUUACAAGAGAGAACCUUUUUUUACAGAAGCAGAAAUAUGAAGAGUGAAGUGACGUCUCAAGUGCUUAGCAGACUGCUGGACAGCCGGCGAUAUGAUUCACGACUUCGUCCGAAUUACGCUGAUGGCCCGGUGUUAGUCAAAGUUGGCUUUUGGAUAUUAUCCAUUGAAAAGAUUGAUGUGGCUAAUAUGGAUUACACAAUUGACAUAUUUCUUCGACAGGAGUGGAUCGAUAAGAGACUAAAUCACGGUCUGAAUCAGUCAAUCACGCUUACACGCCGGGUUAUGAAGAAAGUGUGGGUACCAGACUCCUACUUUGUGAACGCAAAGACAGGAAGCAUGCACCGAGUAACCACGCCCAAUAUGAUGUUACUGUUGGGACCAUCCGGGGUUGUAAAGUACAAUAUAAGGGCAACUAUUAAAGCGGCAUGCUCCAUUGAUCUACGAAUGUUUCCAAUGGACAGUCAGGUCUGCCCUCUAAUUCUGGAAAGUUAUGGAUACAAUAACAAGCACAUCAGAUACGAGUGGGAAGUUUCUGGUACAGACGGUCAGCGGUUCGUACCAUCUGGUAUCCGCCUUAUGCCCAACUACAUGCUGACAAAUGUCAAUCUCUCUUUGACUACGAGCAGUUAUGUUGUUGGCAAUUACUCUGGUGUUCGCGCCGACUUCACCUUCAAACGUUCCUAUAGUUACUUCUUGAGUCACAUGUACGGCACGAGUUCCGUGAUCGUGGUAAUAUCGUGGAUGGGAUUCGUUGUACCUGUGGAGCAAACCGCUGCCCGUAUCGCACUGGGCAUUACGUCAUUGCUGACGGAGGUUACCAUACUCAACAUGAUGAACAACUCUAUGCCAAAGGUAAGUUACGUCAAGUCAAGCGACAAGUAUCUGAUUGGUUGUUUCGUGUUUGUGUUUCUGACACUAAUCGAAUACUGCGCCCUGCUGCUGUUAAAAGCUAAACAAAAACAGAGGAACGUUCAAGCACUGGACAAGACACUAAAACAGGUAACAUUGGUGUUACAUUUGGCUAGCAUCGGUUGCCACUUCACUUCGAGAACACUUUCCUGUCUUCGUUGAAGUGCGAGGUCUAGUAUUAAACGUCGUUACAAUACCACAGAGCAGAAAAACACAACUUUACUGCUGCGUAAAGCUGGCGUAAUGCUGUCCUAAAUUUCUGAUGUAGUCAGCUUUACACUGCCUUUACGUUGACUAAAGAUGAGCUAACGUUUAAAGCUAUAAUGUUUAACAGCUUUACGAACGAUAGCGUACAUUUUG